UCGUUAAUGAAUUAGCUGCAAAAGAUUAUGAGGAACUGAUCAAGGAGCUUGAUAGGAAGCGACUUGAACGACAAUCCCAGAGCGAUACUGGGACUGAAUCUGAAUCUGAUACUGGUUAUCAGUUUGACGUAAUGGAAACAGUUCUAGGCCAAAGAUCUGACUAUCAAAGAGGCGUGGGUAAAAGGCUCAAGGGCAAAGGAAAGAAACCAAUCCCUCAAACUCAAUCAACGGUGCCUCCCCAACCAACUACUGAAAUGAUGAGCACCGUGGCAGAUAUAUUCUCAGCUAUGCGUGCCACUUGGGGGGGUAAUUUGACGCCUGAACAACGUGCCCAAAUAUUUAACCCACGCUUUGACAAUUUCGUUCAAACGUAUAGUCAAUCGCAGUCGCCUGGUGGUUCGUCUUCUCAGAGUCAUGCCGCUCCUCCGGAACAGCAACAACAACCUCCUACGCAACCACAAUUUCAGCCUUCCUCGCAACAACAAUUCCAAAAUUUGUCACAGUAG